CCAUACAGUUAUACCUGUAAGUAUAUAGCAGGGCAGCUAUUUGUGAUUUAAUACUAAUAGGCACAGGGUGAUGAUGAUUCUGUAUUGGCUGACUUUCUACAUGCUGCAAAGCACUUUGUUCAGAAGAAUCGUCGGAUAGCCGACGAAGGACCACUCCAGGUUUAUCACGCAGGCUUAGUAUUUGCACCCGCAAUAAUCCGUAAUGAGUUCAAGCAAGACCUUCCUAGUUGGAUAUGCCAGUUGCCAGAAGUUAAGGAGAAUUGGACUGCAGAAUUUCAAACUCUUGAGGGCCAUUCAGGCUCAGUUCAGUCAGUGGCCUUUUCACCUGAUAUGCGGCUGCUGGCGUCCGGUUCCAAUGAUGAGACAAUCCGGCUCUGGGACCCGGCAACAGGUGCCCUACAGCAGACUCUCAAGGGUCAUUCAGGCUGGAUUAAUACGGUAGUCUUCUCACCUGAUGGCCGGCUGCUGGCGUCCGGCUCCGAUGAUAACACAGUGCGGCUCUGGGACCCAAUGACGGGUGCCCUACAAGAAACCUUGAGUAUUGAUGGAACUGUUACUGAACUUGAAUUUUCUAAAGAUGGUUCAUAUCUCACCACUAACCUAGGAUCAUUCAAGAUUCAAUCUAGAUGUGGCAAUCCUAUCUUCAAUUCACUCAAUAUGAAUCCAGAGGUAUCUAUACAGCGUGGUUAUUGGAUAGCUUUG